CAAAACCCUAAAUAGAGUUAAAUGCAAAAACCCCCCCUGUGAUUUUCCUAAAGGUCAAAAACCCCCCUAGAAAAAAAAAAGUGACCAAUACCCCCCUAUAAUGUGUUCAAGCAAGCACACUCAACCCUUUUUGUUUUCACCCAUUGACCACUAAGGAAAAGACGAAAAAGCCCCCCAGAAAUUUUUUUUUGACCUCCAGAAUUUUAUGACUGAAACAAACUUUUUGAAAUUUUCAAUUCAGUCAAUUGAAUUUUCAAUUAAGCCCUCUCUCCAAUUGAAAAAACACACAAAUACACACACUUCUCUCUGCGCAAGUAUACACACCUCACCCCACCACUGUCGUCUCCGCCGCCAUCUCUUAUCAUCAUACAAAUCUCAAACCCACUCGAGAUUUAACCCAUCUCCGUCAAAAUCUCCGCCCAAUUAAAAAAAAAGGGGGAUUUUCCCAACCCCCAAGGUGGAGGGACGUUGAUCCGACGAGUUUGCUCCCGAAGAAAAAACUGCCGGCACAAGGCCGCUGGAGCUCAUCCUCGAUUUCCUUAUCCUCAGAAUCGAGUUGAAUUUUUAUUUUCUCACCUAAUUCAGUGUUGAAAUUCUGAGUUGUUGGAGGCGGAACUGAAGAUGGUGAGGAUGAAUUGAAGUGGUGGCCGAAUUGACGAAGGGGGUACGGACUUACGGUGGAAUUGAAGGUGGCGGCAGAUUAGUGAAAUAAUAAAUCUGAAAGUGGCGCCGAUGGGCCAUUUGCGGGUAAAGACGACGAUUUUGAGAGGGUCGGCGGUGGAUUUUGCUCUUUGUCGGAGAAUUCGUCGAAGAGAUUUGAGCGGGAGGAGAAGGAUGAUAAAGAGAAUUGCUACAAGCAGAUGGCGGCGGAGGAGGACGCUUGGGCAACUGGGGAAGUAAAACUUGAUUUUUUUAAUUAUUUUAUUUAUAUAAUAUAUAUUUUUCACAAUUUGUUUUUUUAAAUUGAAUAUUAAAAAAUCAUAGAGAUUUAGAGGGGCGAUUUUGUCUUUUCAUACAAAAAUCACACAAGAGUCGCACAAAUAGCGCGUGAACGACACAGAGUAUCGGGAGGGGGCGAAACGACUUUGACUUUUGAAUACAGGGGGCGGAUGAACACACAAAUCAGAUUGGAGCAGUUUUAAUAAAGCAAGUCUCCUUCCUCAUCUCCCCGUCGUCCGAUCUUCCCCCCCCCCCCUCUCAGAUUUCUCCAAUCACAUCCAAUUCUCUCUCUUCCUCUUUCUCUCUCUACUCCCCUGCGCGCCAAAUUCAAAUCCACAAGGGUUUCGUUUUUUUUAAAUUGAGAAAUGGCGGACAGUCCUGGCGGCGACGGCAGCCACGAGGGCGGCGGCGGCGGCGGCGAUCGGAGCCCGCGGUUAGGCGUGCGUGAGCAGGAUCGAUUCCUUCCGAUUGCGAAUAUUGGCCGAAUCAUGAAGAAGGCCCUUCCGACCAAUGGAAAAAUUGGCAAGGAUGCAAAGGACACCGUACAGGAAUGUGUAUCGGAGUUCAUUGGCUUCAUCACAAGCGAGGCAAGCAAUAAGUGCCAAAAGGAGAAAAGGAAGACGAUUAAUGGGGAUGAUUUAUUGUAUGCAAUCGCGACCUUAGGCUUUGAGGAUUAUAUAGCUCCACUAAAAGUUUAUUUGGCCAGAUACAGAGAGUUAGAGGGUGACAUCAAGGGACCUGGUAAAGGUGCUGAUGGAUCUUCAAAGAAAGAGACUCGGCAAGUUUCUGAUUCACAGUUUGUUCAUCAAGGGUCCGUUUCACAAGGUUUCAGCUACUCAAACCCAGAAAUUGAAUAUUGAGAAUAGCUUCAGUUGGAAUUGUUUAGGACAGCAUGUGGUCGGAAUUUUUUAUCGUCUCAGGGUUUAGCCGGUUUUUUUUUUUUGUGGCCCCUUAAUCAUCUUAACAGAAGAAGAAGUGUCAUGAUCUCGACAUUUUUUUGCCCAUUUCUUGGUGAAAAUUCUUGAAAAAACUUGAGAAGUUUUAUAAAAAUAUUUAUCUAU